AUGUCAAGACAGCAAACGAGGGGCGGCGCCACACCCAUCACCUCGGCUAUCUACAUUGCUCAUGAAUUGUCACGUCUCAAUCCUCAGUUUCUCUCGAAUCUUCUGAACAAGGGUGUAAAAUACGUCUAUCGUUACACAACCAAGCCGCUCGUCUCCAACACUGGGACGAGCGUUCGUGGCGCUUAUGGCCAGGAGGUCAGGGACGAAGAUGACGAAGCCACGGCCCGGAGCAAGAUCGAGGCUGAAGUUCGACGCCACAGCAACCGAUUCGAGUGGCACGACGAUGGUAGCCUGAGCGUAACGCACAUUGUGCCCGGGACAACUGUAUUCUUUGGCAAUGUUACCUCCGCCUGGGGUCGUAGUCGCCAUCAUGGUGCGACACGACUUCCCUUCCGCGGCGAUGACGGAUCCUACCAUCCUCCCCCGACAUACGGCGACGGCACACCCAUCGAUGUUGAGGACUUGGACCUGCUGCUGAAACUCGCGGAAAAGGGUGCCGUAGAUAUCGAGUGGCAGAAGGGAGAUCUGGUACUUCUUGAUGUGAGUAUCUGCCUAUGGAAUUUGGGACGCUAG